GUCGGCUGCCGUGUUUUUGCUCGGACGUGUUUUCCGCGUCGGUCCGCUUAUCUGCGCUGCGCUGGCACUUCGGUGGUGAGAGGGAGACGGAACGCGGCGCCCUGGAAAAUUGCACUUUCGUACGGUUCGCGCGGCUAAUUUAUGGCCAAAAUGAUGGCCAAUUUAUCGGCCUGAAUGCGGUGGGCGGUGUGAGUCACUUCAACAAAAAUACUUCAAUACCUAAGGAAGAAUAACCCAAUAAAAAAAUUCAAUAAUUACAGAAAAAUAUCAUAAUAAUAAAUAGUAGUGCGUCCACUCUGUAAAGCGUGCACUGUACUCUGUGUUUGUGGCCAAGUGCGCGCACUCAAGGUGAAAAUAUAUUAAGUUCUUUCGAGUGUUUGCACAUCAAGUUCGAUUUGAAUAAAAUACAUAUAAAAUCAAAUUCGAUUUACGAUCGUCGUUCUGUCAGCGGAUGAUUCAAUCUUUCUGGGCAGUAUCGCUCAUUUCGGAUACAAAUCUACAGCUACAAAUUACUCGCAGACAUAACGAGGACGACAAAUCAUUGCAAUUAACUCGCGUAACCGACUGCGCCAGCCAAACAGCUAAACAAUAGCUCCCAGCGCAACGACGCAACAGGAGCAGCCCCGUGAGGAGCAGCGGGCGGUGGCCCAUUGUUGCGCCACCCGGUGGCAGCCACUCCACACCCACUCGACGCCACAGCCACAUCCCCGUUGAGUUCUCGCCCCAAAGCCCAGUCCAAGGAAGGCUACAGACAUGGGCGACAAUAUAAUUGGCUCGGCGAGCUUCCUGCACUUGGGCGACAUUGUGUCCCUGUACGCAGAGGGCAGUGUUUGCGGCUUCUUGAGCACUCUCGGCCUGGUCGAUGAUCGGACAGUGGUGUGCCCCGAGGCGGGAGACUUGAGUUGUCCUCCCAAAAAGUUUAGAGACUGCCUCAUAAAAAUAUGUCCUAUGAAUCGCUAUUCCGCGCAAAAGCAAUUUUGGAAAGCAGCUAAACAAUCGGCCGGCUCAAAUACGGAUCCUAAUCUUCUCAAGCGAUUACAUCACGCUGCAGAGAUCGAGAAGAAACAGAAUGAGACGGAAAACAAGAAGCUGCUAGGCACUUCGAUCCAAUAUGGAAGGGCGGUGGUGCAGUUGCUCCACUUGAAGUCCAACAAGUACCUGACGGUCAACAAGCGGCUGCCGUCGCUGCUGGAGAAGAAUGCGAUGCGAGUCUAUCUGGACGCCAAUGGUAACGAGGGUUCCUGGUUCUACAUCAAGCCCUUCUACAAACUACGUUCCAUCGGGGACUAUGUGGUAGUGGGCGACAAAGUGAUCCUCAGUCCGGUGAAUGCCGACCAGCAGAAUCUCCAUGUGGCGGCUAAUUACGAGCUGCCCGACAAUCCUGGCUGUAAGGAAGUUAAUGUCCUCAACUCGUCCACCUCGUGGAAGAUCUCACUGUUUAUGGAACACAAGGAAAAUCAAGAGCACAUCCUUAAGGGCGGCGACGUGGUGCGCCUGUUUCACGCCGAGCAGGAGAAGUUCCUCACCAUGGACGAGUACAAGAAGCAGUACCACGUCUUUUUGCGCACAACAGGACGGACCAGUGCCACUGCGGCCACCAGCAGCAAGGCGCUCUGGGAGAUCGAGGUAGUGCAGCACGACUCAUGUCGCGGCGGAGCUGGCGACUGGAACUCCCUGUAUCGCUUUAAGCACCUGGCGACGGGUCACUACUUGGCAGCAGAAGCGGAAGCGGAUGUGUUGGCUGGAGCAAUUGGCGCGGCAUCCACAUCCGGUCACGAGCCUCUACUGGCGGACUGCAGCAAGGACUCGGGCAUAGGCUGUUCCACCAUGAACUCUACCCUGAAUGAUAAACCCAAGGGCAAGCAGUAUCGCCUGGUAUCAGUUCCAUACUCGGCGGACAUAGCCUCUGUGUUCGUACUGGAUGCCACCACGAUGGCACGUCCGGACAGUUUGGUUCCCCAGUCGAGCUACGUGAGGCUGCAGCACAUCUGCUCCAACACGUGGGUGCACGCCACGUCAAUACCGAUUGACGCUGACGAUGACAAGCCCGUGAUGUCGAUGGUCUGUUGCUCUCCCAUCAAGGAAGACAAGGAGGCCUUCGCACUGAUUCCCGUCUCUCCUGUGGAGGUGCGCGACUUGGAUUUUGCCAACGAUGCCUGCAAGGUGUUGGCCACUGUGACCGGAAAGCUGGGCAAUGGCAGCAUCUCCAUAAACGAGCGGAGGGCGCUGAUCUCACUGCUCCAGGACAUAGUGUACUUCAUAGCUGGGAUGGAGAACGAGCAGAACAAGACAAAGGCUCUGGAGUUCACCAUUAAGAACCCCAUCAGAGAUCGACAGAAGCUGCUCCGCGAACAGUACAUUCUCAACCAGCUGUUCAAGAUCCUGCAGGGACCUUUCCAGGAGCACACGGCCGGCGACGGACCCUUUCUACGGCUGGAUGAGCUCAGCGAUCCCAAGAAUAGCCCGUACAAGAAUAUCUUCCGUCUGUGCUAUCGCAUCCUGCGCCUGUCGCAGCAGGACUACCGCAAGAAUCAGGAGUACAUCGCCAAGCACUUUGGCCUCAUGCAGAAGCAGAUCGGUUACGACAUCCUAGCGGAGGAUACCAUCACGGCGCUGCUCCACAACAACCGGAAGCUGCUGGAGAAGCACAUCACAGCCGCUGAGAUUGAGACCUUCGUUGGCCUGGUGCGCAAGAAUAUGCACAAUUGGGACUCGAGAUUCCUGGACUAUCUUUCGGACCUGUGCGUGUCCAACCGUAAGGCUAUUGCCGUUACCCAGGAGCUGAUCUGCAAGAGCGUGUUGAGUGACAAGAAUAAGGACAUCCUGAUCGAGACGCAGGUGAAGGCUCUAAAGAACGGUGCCGCCGCUGCACGCUGCUACAAGGGCACCACCGAGGACGUUUGUCUUGCCACUCUUGCCGAGGUGGCCGGCGAUGACGAGGAUCGAUCGGAUGUGCAGUCUACGUCCACGACAACCACUUGGGACAGUGCCAGUCUCACCGACGACGAUGGCAGCCUUUCGUCUGGGGAUAGGUACGAAAUUCACCUCAAGUGGACGGGACAGCCGACUUCACGCUCCAUGGCUGAUUUGGCCAACUCCGUGGCCGAUGGCAACGAGCAGGAGGCCGCCAUACUGAACUACUAUCGCCACCAGUUGAACUUGUUCUCCAACAUGUGCCUCAACCGACAGUACCUGGCACUGAACGAACUCUCGCCUCGUCUGGACAUUGAUUUAAUUCUGAAAUGCAUGUCGGAUGAAACGAUGCCUUACGAGCUGCGAGCCUCAUUCUGUCGUCUGAUGUUGCACCUGCACGUGGACCGAGAUCCACAGGAACCGGUCACACCUGUGAAGUAUGCCCGCCUCUGGAGCGAGAUACCCUCAAAGAUGUCCAUCAUGGACUAUGAUGGCAAGAACCAGCAGCCCGACCAGAACAAGCAGGCAUGCAGGGCCAAGUUUAACACAACCAUCGCCUUUGUGGAGAACUACUUGUGCAAUGUGGCCACUAAGGUUUGGCUAUUCACUGAUCAGGAGCAAAACAAACUCACCUUUGAAGUUGUGAAACUGGCCAGAGACUUGAUCUACUUCGGCUUCUACAGCUUUAGUGAUCUUUUAAGACUCACCAAGACGCUACUAUCAAUCCUUGAUUGUGUCUCCGACACCUCUUCGGGAGCCUUCGCCAGCACGGACAUUGAUUCUGUCGAAGAGGAAACAAGCACCGAGGCCGAAGGCGGAGUACUGCGCUCAAUUGGUGACAUCAAUACAGUGAUGACAUCACUGGCGCUAGGAUCAGUGGGCCAGGCCAUAGCUGCACCCAGCAUCGCUCUGCAGCAGCGCAAGUCUGUGUCCCAGCUAAUGAAGGAGUAUCCUCUGGUGAUGGACACCAAGCUCAAAAUAAUCGAGAUACUUCAGUUUAUCUUGGACGUGCGCUUGGACUAUAGGAUCAGCUGUCUGCUCUCCAUAUUCAAACGGGAAUUCGAUGAGUCCGAGGUGGCCACCUCCGCCACCAGCAAUGAGGCGGGUCAGCCACCGUCCCAGCAGCAACAGCAGCAGCCACAGACUCCGGGUAGCGCCAGCGAGAGUGAUCCUCUGGCCACCGCCGAGUCCAUGGCAGCUGCAGCUGCAGCUGCCGCCGCUGCAGCUGCGCGUCAGAAGAACAUCGAUCUGGAGUCGAUCGGGGUGCAGGCGGAGGGCAUCUUCGACUGCGAGCGCAGCGAUGCAGCUAACCUGGACUUGGAUGGCCAAGGCGGACGUACCUUCCUGCGCGUCCUGCUCCACCUGAUCAUGCACGACUAUGCGCCCCUAGUCUCUGGUGCCCUGCAUCUGCUAUUCCGACACUUCAGCCAACGGCAAGAGGUUCUCCAGGCCUUUCGACAGGUUCAACUUCUGGUGUCGGACAGCGACGUGGAAUCGUACAAGCAGAUCAAAUCCGACCUGGACAUACUCCGCCAAAGCGUUGAGAAGUCGGAGUUGUGGGUGUACAAGGCGAAGGCUACCGAUGAACUGGAUGCUGGCGGAGAUGCUAUCAACGUGGAGUACAAUGCAGCAUUGUCGCAGGAUCAACGGAACGAGUAUCGCAAGGUUAAGGAAAUACUCAUACGUAUGAACAAGUUCUGCGUGGCCUCCUCCGGUCCGGGAUCUGUGGUCAAGCCGCGAAAGCACGAGCAGCGACUCCUUCGGAAUGUCGGUGUACACACGGUCGUCCUCGAUCUCCUUCAGAAUCCCUAUGACGAGAAGGACGACGAGCUGAUGAAGGAGCUAAUGUGUCUGGCCCACGAGUUCCUGCAGAACUUUUGCCUUGGCAAUCAGCAAAAUCAGGCUCUGCUGCACAACCAUCUCGAUUUGUUCCUGAACCCGGGUAUCCUGGAGGCCAAGACAGUAUGCGCCAUAUUCAAGGAUAACCUGGCACUGUGCAACGAGGUGACGGACAAGGUGGUGCAACAUUUCGUGCACUGCAUUGAGAUCCAUGGCCGGCAUGUGGCCUAUCUUCAGUUCCUCCAGACGAUUGUGCGGGCUGAGAACCAGUUCAUCCGCCGCUGCCAGGACAUGGUGAUGCAGGAACUGAUCAACGCCGGCGAGGAUGUGCUGGUCUUCUACAACGACAAGGGCUCGUUCAACCACUUUGUGCAGAUGAUGCAGCAACAGCAGUUGCUCCGCCUGGAGAAACUCAGCGACGACAGUCCGCUGAAGUACCACGUCGAGCUGGUCCGUCUCCUGGCCUGCUGCACCAUGGGCAAGAAUGUCUAUACGGAGAUCAAGUGCAACAAUCUGCUGUCGCUGGACGACAUAGUGACCAUAAUUUGUCACCCGCUGUGCAUGCCGGAGGUGAAGGAGGCUUAUGUAGACUUUCUCAACCACUGCUACAUCGACACAGAGGUGGAGAUGAAGGAGAUCUACUCCUCGGGCCACAUGUGGAGCCUGUUCGAGAAGAGCUUCCUGGUAGACAUCAACCAGCUCAUUUCCAAUGCUGCUGCCGCCAGCAACAAAACCCUGCAGGCGUAUGUCCUCAACGGAGUUACCAAUCUCCUGUGCAGCUUUUUCUCUAGUCCCUUCUCGGACCAGAGUGCCAUCGUGCAGUCCCGCCAGCUGAUCUUCGUGCAGCUGCUCCAGGCUGCCCACCGGCUAACCCAAUGCCGGUGGCUGUCCCUAGCGGAUCGCUUCAACGUGGAGAACUGCAUCCGCACGCUGACCGACUCGGCCAAGAUGCGCAGCAUUGCCUUACCGCCGGAGCUGGAGCAGCAGGUGGCCACCAUGUCCAGCAAGACGGCCAUGCUGACGCGCCAGACGACGAAGUGGCUGCUAGCAUCGAAGCAACCCAAAUACGAGGCCCAGCAGUCAGCCAGCCUGAUGCGCUGGGAUCGUUCCAUUAUCGAAGGCCUGCAGGACAUAGUCUCCCUGCUGGAAGAUCAGCUGAAACCUGUAGUGGAAGCGGAACUAUCGCUGCUUGUGGACAUCCUGUACCGCUCGGAACUUCUGUUCCCCGCGGGAACCGAGGCUCGGAAGCGCUGCGAGAGCGGCGGCUUCAUCCGGAAGCUGAUCAAGCACACCGAGAAGCUGCUGGAGGAGAAGGAGGAACGCAUGUGUGUCAAGGUGUUGCGGACGCUGCGCGAGAUGAUGGCUAUUGAUGUAAACUAUGGGGAGAAGGGCGAUGCUCUGCGCCAGACACUCCUGCUACGCUACUUCCAGAGCAAGAGCAACAGGCUGCCGGAGGAUGAAAUGCCACAACUGGCCUCUGCUCCUCUAGCGGAAUCCGCCAAACAGCACCAUUUGGUGACACACGGUCCGGGAGCUAAGUACCUUCAGCGAGCUGGAAAAACCCUGCACGAGAUGCAGAAUCAUUUGGACCGCGAGGGAGCCUCCGAUCUGGUGGUGGAGCUGGUCAUUAAGUCCGUGCACUCGCCCAACAUCUUCGUAGAGGCCGUGGAGUUGGGAAUUGCGCUCUUGGAAGGAGGUAAUCCCAUCAUCCAGAAGGGCAUGUUCCAGAAGUUCCUUAGCGACGACCUCAACCAGGCCUUCUUCAAGGUCUUCUUUGAGAAGAUGAAGGAUGCCCAGCAGGAGAUCAAGUCAACGGUGACGGUGAACACAACUGACAUUGCAGCCAAGGCCCACGAGCACAAACAGGACGCCAAUCUGGAGCUGGACAAGAUAGCGCGUAAGCAUGGCCUGAAGAGCAACGGAGUGGUGAUCACGGAGGAGCUAAAGCGGGAGCUACAUAACGCCGGACUGGCGACUGCAAGAGCCUACGGAAACGCCCGAAACAUCCACUCUGGCGAGGAGAGCUCCGCAAUCAAUGUGAACAAUCCACUGGAGGACAUCCUGGCCGAGAAGCUGGAGAAGCACAAGGAUAGCAAAGAACAGCGCAAUCAACUCUCCAACAAGGUUCUGGUUAUGCAGCCCAUCCUCCGGUUCCUGCAGCUGCUCUGCGAGAACCACAAUCCGGACAUGCAGAACCUGCUGCGAAACCAAAACAACAAGACGAAUAACAACCUCGUCUCAGAGACGCUGAUGUUCCUCGACUGCAUUUGUGGAUCGACUACAGGAGGACUGGGCCUUCUAGGACUGUACAUCAAUGAGCAUAAUGUGGCCCUAAUUAACCAAACCUUAGAGGCACUCACCGAGUACUGCCAGGGGCCGUGCCACGAAAAUCAGAACUGCAUAGCUACCCACGAGUCCAAUGGACUGGACAUCAUCACGGCGCUCAUCCUAAACAAUAUCAACCCGCUGGGUGAGAACCGCAUGGACUUGGUCUUGGAACUGAAGAAUAAUGCCUCCAAGCUGCUCCUCGCCAUAAUGGAAAGCCGUGGUGACAGCGAGAAUGCGGAGCGCAUCCUGUACAACAUGAAUCCCAAGCAGCUGGUGGAGGUGGCCUGCAAGGCUUACCAUCAGGAGGAGCUAAUUGAUGAGCAGGAUGAUGGUGAUGAGCCGGAUGCUGGUUCGGAUGAUGAUGAUGCCACUGUGAGUCCACGGGAAGUGGGUCACAACAUCUACAUCCUGUGCCAUCAGCUGGCCCAGCACAACAAGGAGCUGGCCGGCUUGCUAAAGGCCUCCGAGGACCCACAGUCGGCGAGCUUCGAUGCCAAGACCAGUCAGGCGUUGAUGUACUACGCCACGCACACGGCCCAGAUUGAGAUUGUUCGCAACGAUCGCACCCUGGAGCAGAUUGUGUUCCCCAUUCCAGAGAUCUGUGAGUAUCUGACCACGGACACCAAAAUCAAAAUCCUCAACACCGCCGAGCGGGAUGAUCAGGGCUCCAAGGUAGCCGACUUCUUUGACAAGGCCGAGGAAAUGUUCAACGAGAUGAAAUGGCAGAAGAAGCUAAGAAGUCAGCCUUUACUCUUUUGGAUCAGCAGCUAUAUGUCCCUGUGGAGCAAUAUACUCUUUAAUUGUGUGGUCGUUAUCAAUAUGAUUGUGGCUUUCUUCUAUCCCUUCGAUAAUACUGUACCAGAGCUGAGCUCGCACAUUUCAUUGCUGUUCUGGAUCAUAAUGAUAUUCUCAUUGGUCAUUGUAAUAACGCUGCCCCGAGAGUCCGGCAUUAGGACGCUCAUUGGCUCGGUAAUCCUCCGGUUUAUCUUCCUAUUGGGUCCAGAGUCCACACUUUGUUUACUGGGAGUUGUUACGGUCACCCUGAAAAGCGUUCACAUAGUGAGCAUAAUGGGCAACAAAGGCACUCUGGAAAAGCAGUUAAUUAAGAUCAUCACGGACUUCCAGUUACUCUACCACUGCAUUUAUAUAGCAUUUUGCUUCUGUGGCCUGAUCUUUCAUCCGUUCUUUUACUCGUUAUUGCUCUUCGAUGUGGUCUAUCGAGAGGAGACUCUGGUUAAUGUCAUCAGAUCCGUAACGCGAAAUGGACGCUCUAUCGUUUUAACCGCCGUGCUGGCUCUGAUCUUGGUUUACUUGUUUUCCAUCAUUGGCUAUAUGUUCUUCAAGGAUGAUUUUCUGGUCAGCGUGGACUUCGAGGAGCAGGAAAAUGGGUCCCCUACGCCUCUUCCUUUGACCUUAUCAGUCCCACUAUCGUCAGGUGAUUCAUGUGCCGCUCCGGAUGAACUGGGAAAUUGCCCUACGGCAGCGAAGGAUGUGUCGCCACCAUCAAAUGGUAGUGGAGGUGGCGAUGUGAAGGAGAGAUCCUGCGACUCACUUGUCAUGUGCAUAGUCACCACAUUGAACCAGGGUUUGCGCAAUGGCGGUGGCAUCGGCGAUAUACUAAGGGCACCAUCAAGCAAGGAGGGACUUUUCGUGGCUCGCGUCAUCUACGAUCUUCUGUUCUUCUUUAUCGUUAUCAUUAUUGUUCUGAACCUGAUCUUCGGUGUCAUCAUCGACACGUUCGCUGAUCUGAGGUCGGAGAAGCAGCAGAAGGAGGCCAUCCUGAAGACGACCUGCUUCAUCUGCUCCCUCAAUCGAUCGGCCUUCGACAACAAGACGGUUAGCUUCGAGGAGCACAUCAAGAGCGAGCACAACAUGUGGCACUAUCUGUACUUCAUUGUCCUGGUCAAGGUGAAGGAUCCCACUGAGUUCACUGGUCCCGAGAGCUAUGUGUAUGCCAUGGUGAAGGCCGGCAUCCUGGAGUGGUUCCCGCGUCUACGCGCCAUGUCCCUGGCGGCGGUGGAUGCGGAUGGCGAGCAGAUCGAGCUGCGCAGCAUGCAGGCCCAGCUCCUGGAGACCCAGCUGCUCAUCAAGAACCUGUCCACGCAGCUGCACGAACUCAAGGACCACAUGACGGAGCAGCGCAAGCAGAAGCAGCGCUUGGGUUUGCUCAAUACGACGGCACACAGCCUCCUGCCUUUUCAGUGAGGGAAUAGCCGUUGCAAUUUGAAUAGAGUAUCUGAUGUAGGCACUAAAUUUGGUUAUCAAUCAUUCCCAAUGCAACCACAUAGUUAAAUGUGAGACCGAAAGUAUUGGUACCAUUCCGCCAUGAAACCUUCUCGUAAAUCAUUCUCAAUCGGAUUCAGUGCGGAAUUUAUUUAUAAAUCUCUUAACCCGCUUGAAUCCACAUAACUUUUCCGUAUUAGAUUCGAAUUCCAGAAAAAAAGAAACAAGUAGAAAUUUGCUCAAAUAAUAUCCUUGGGGAUGAUUAUCUUCUAAAGCUGUUACCGAGUACAUUAAUGUGUAGUAAACUCACUCAGAGAAUAAUAGGGCUGUUGACAUGUGUUAAUUAGUGGGCGUGUUACGCGUUUUUCCCCAACCUAGACAAGGUUUACCUUCCCAUACCUCUCUGUCCCCCACCUGGUUGACUCUGUAAUACCUGAAAGCUAGAAUCUAGACCUUACAUUUGUAAUUAACUUGAAAAUGUUCGCCGAGCGACCUCAAAACAAUUGUCGAAAACAUUUCUUUCACUGUUUUAAGUUAAUUAUUACAUUUAAUUGUUAAUACUGUACCGAAUAUUUUCUCAUAAGUUUCAGUAACAGAGUAGAUCGAUUUGCAAUCAAAACUAAUUGUGAUUACCAUUUUCUCUAUUUUUUAUCUCCGUUUUUAUUUCCGAAUGGUUUACUUAGUGCUCGAAGCGAGUUUUGUUGGUUAAAUUCAUUCUAAGCUAACACCUAGAGUAUGUAUUAUAAGCGAAACUACACUUAGUUUAAGUGAAACUUUGUAUCUUUACAUGUAAACGGAAACAUAUGUAUAUCUUUUCAAUAAAGACUAUCAAAUU